GCCGCCAGACGCGCUUCCUCUGCCCGCGCUGCCGCCUCCUGGCUCACCGCUGUUCGCUGGGCCCCGCGCCGCCCCACGCCCGGGAGCAAGUCGGUCAGGAAGGCCCCGCUGCCGCCAUGGCUUUUAAAGACACUGGCAAAGCACCUGUGGAACAAGAGGUAGCGAUUCAUCGCAUUAGGAUCACUUUGACAAGUCGCAAUGUAAAAUCACUUGAGAAGGUCUGUGCUGACUUGAUCAGAGGUGCUAAGGAAAAAAACCUGAAGGUGAAAGGACCUGUUCGCAUGCCCACCAAGACUCUGCGAAUCACUACCAGGAAGACGCCUUGUGGUGAAGGUUCCAAGACCUGGGAUCGUUUCCAAAUGCGUAUCCAUAAGCGGCUCAUUGACUUACACAGCCCUUCUGAGAUCGUGAAGCAAAUCACUUCCAUCAGCAUCGAGCCCGGUGUGGAGGUUGAAGUUACUAUUGCUGAUGCCUAAAUGAUGGUCGUGGUUGAAUAAAGUUGAUUUACAAGUUUU